GUUGGUCGCAGUUUUAACGAGGUGCUCUUGAACGCAUCACCAGGGAGGAGUUAUAGCAACAGUGAAGUUUAGCUUAGCAGGAAACACCGAGGAGGCUACCAACCAACAACCACAGUGGAAAAAGAAACAGCACCUAGCCACAGUUUUUAGUUUUUAACCGGGGCUCAGUCGUGAUAUUUCCUCGGCAAAACACGCUUACGGAUUCUGGGAGUACUCGGGUCACAUUUCCCCCCCGACUUUAUCCGAGGAGAGGAGCUCUAGCCAACUAAAUCACCCCGACACUGGCCGGGGGAGGACUCCCAUCCAGCGGCUGAGAACUGAGGACAUCAUCGGCUGAGAGACGGCUCUUUGAAUCAGCGUGCGUCAGUGGGCCCGCAGGCUCCACGCCGGUGCUGAGUCAGGAUGAAGAGGUUCAGGCGACACGGCCAGGAGUCCCAGAGAGAUCGACUCAAACAGGAGCUCUUCCAGUUCAACAAGACAGUGGAGCAUGGGUUCCCCCACCAGCCCAGCGCCCUGGGCUACAGUCCCUCCCUGCAGCUGCUGGCCAUCGGGACCCGCUCCGGGGCCAUCAAACUGUAUGGAGCUCCAGGUGUGGAGUUCAUGGGUCUACAUGAUGAGAAUGCUGCCGUCACACAGGUGCACUUCCUCCCCCACCAGCUUGAACUGGUGACUCUGCUGGAUGACAACAGUCUGCACAUGUGGACUUUAAAAGCUCACAAGGGACUCUCUGAACUGCUGGAGAUAGGACGCUUCACACUCACUGGACCACCUGGUGCCCCUCCCAGUGUUACCAGGGUGACAGCAGUGCUGGCUCACUCCUCAGGGGAGCUGCUGCUGUUGGGGACAGAAGGAGGACAUGUCUUCAUCGUUGAAGUCCCAGGGUUCAGAGAGCUGGAAGAGAGGAACAUUAGUCUCGACCAAGUGGCCAGCAGCGUGCCAGACGACUACAUCGGCCGCAGGAAUCUGGAACACGUAGAGGCCUUACAGGAGAACCCGGUCAACCCAAACCAGGUCGUUAUCGGCUACGGACGCGGUCUCAUGGUCAUCUGGGAUCUGGAGAAACAGUGUGCCAUCCAGCACAUCCCAGCCACACAGCAACUGGAGAGUGUGUGGUGGACAGAGGACGGAGCCUACAUUCUCAGUUCACACAGCGAUGGAAGUUACUGUCGAUGGAUGGUGGGUCGCGAGGACGUGAACGAGGAAGAGGAGAAGUCCGACAUUCCUUACGGCCAUUUCCCCUGCAAGGCCAUUUCUAAAAUAGUCCAGCUACCUACAGAAGAAGGGCCUCCGUUCCUGCUGUUCAGCGGCGGCAUGCCCAGGGCCAGCUACGGGGACAGACACUGUAUCACAGUGAUCCACAGUAAAACACACGUGGCCCUGGACUUCACCUCCAGGAUCAUCGACUUCUUCGCCAUCAAUGCCGGACCGCAGCACACAGGAGAUCCCAGUGCGCUGGUGGUCCUGGUAGAGGAGGAGCUGGUAGUGAUCGACCUGCAGACGGAGGGCUGGCCGGUCAUUCAGACACCGUACCUGGUUCCCCUCCACAGCUCCGCCAUCACCUGCUCCCACCACGUCUCCGCCAUCCCCCUCAAACUGUGGGAGAGGGUCAUCGCUGCUGGAGACCUGCAGAGCACACACUACUCCAAAAAGCAGCCUUGGCCAAUAACAGGAGGCCAGAACAUGGCCCCAGACCCUCCCCAGAGAGACCUGCUGCUCACAGGGCAUGAGGAUGGGACGGUGCGUUUCUGGGAUGCAUCAGGAGUCUGUCUGUGUCCCAUGUAUAAGUUAAGCACAGCUGGAGUGUUUCACACAGACGCCGACCCCAAUGAUAACCUGAACCAGGGCACCGAAGGAGAGUGGCCGCCAUUCAGAAAGGUUGGCUGUUUUGACCCCUACAGUGAUGACCCAAGGCUCGGCGUUCAGAAGAUCCACCUCUGUAAAUACAGCGGUUAUCUGACUGUAGCUGGUACUGCUGGACAGAUCCUGGUGCUGGAACUGAACGACGAGGCAGCGGAGCAGACGGUGGAGGCUAAAGUUGUGGAUUUGCUGCAGGGCCAGGAGGGCUUCCGCUGGAAGGGCCACACUCAGCUGGAUGUGCGGGAGGAGCCGGUGCUGUUUCCUCCAGGCUUCCAGCCUUUUGCUCUGGUCCAGUGCCAGCCUCCCGCCGUGGUCACCGCCCUCACCCUGCACUCCGAGUGGAAGCUGGUCGCUUUUGGCACCAGCCACGGCUUCGGCCUCUACGAUUACCAACAGAAGAACGACGUCCUCGUCAAGUGCACCCUAAACCCCUGUGACCAACUGGCCAUGGAGGGUCCUCUGUCCAGGGUGAAGAGCAUAAAGAAAUCCCUCCGACAGUCCUUCAGGAGAAUCAGACGCAGCAGAGUCUCGUUGAGGAAACAUCACGUCAACAACGCUGCCAAGCUCCAAGAGGCGAACGCUCGUCUGGAGGCUGAGCUGGCAGAGAUGGAGAUUGCUCCGGUCCAGAGGAAGAUCGAGGCUCGCUCCUCUGACGACUCGUUCACCGGUCUCGUACGGACGAUCUACUUCGCCGACACCUUCCUGUCAGACAGUUCACAUAACACACCCUCCCUAUGGGCAGGGACCAAUGGCGGCUGCGUGUUUGCAUACAUGCUCCGCCUCCCUCCCGUAGAGCACAGAGCAGACGAACCAGUCACCGCACAGCCGGCCAAGGAGAUCCAGCUCAUGCACCGGGCUCCCAUUGUUGGUAUAGUGGUGCUGGACGGUCACGGGGCUCCUCUCCCCGAGCCCCUCGAGGUGGCCCACGACCUGGCUCGCUCACCAGACAUGCACGGCUCGCACCACCUCGUGGUCAUAUCUGAGGAACAGUUUAAGGUUUUCACCCUGCCGAAGGUGAGCGCUAAGAUGAAGCUGAAGCUGACGGCCAUGGACGGCUCCAGAGUACGGCGGGUAGGCGUGGCCUGGUUCGGCAGCAGUCGGUCGGAGGACUACGGCGAGAGCGGCCUGGUGGUCCUGACCAACCAGGGCGACGUCCAUGUGGUGUCGCUGCCGGCAGUCAAGAUGCAGGUUCAUUACCCCUGUGUGCGCCGAGAGGACGUCAGCGGCAUCGCUUCCUGUGUCUUCACAAAGCACGGCCAAGGCUUCUACCUGAUCUCUCCAUCUGAGUUUGAACGGUUCUCUCUGUCCACCCGCUGCGUGGUGGAGCCUCGCUGUCUGGUGGAGCUUCCUCUUCGUUCAGGCUCCUCCACCCAACGCAGGCCACAGCCUGAUGGAGCUUCAUCUUAUAGAAACACCAGACAGAACAGUGAGGAUGCAGAAAGUGCAGCUAGACGUGUUAUGGAGCAUGCUUUGCUGAAUGACGAGAAAGUACUUCAAGAGAUCCAGAAGUCACUAGAAGGAGACCAGACGUCAUUCCUAGAGAAUAAUGUGAACAGUGCUGUAGCUUGAAAGACUUCUCUGGACAGUUGAGAGUGAACUGACUUGUCGAUGUGUAUGAAGCGUACUGCAGUCCUGUAGCAGCACUCGCCUCCUGCUCGGCCGACACAACCACUACUGACCCCUGACCUCUGGCCUCAGUGACUGACCUCCCCCCACUCUCAGCUCACAGACGCCCCCCGGUGGAGAGACACCACACGGCUCCCGGCAGUCGUGCAAGACUCACUCACGGUGCACACGGAGGGCGGAGGAGGAGACGACACCACCACCUGUGCCUAAAGACCACACGGUCACAAACCAUUUAACCCAAAGCUACAUGAAGCACAUUCCUGACAUGUGACCAAUGCCAGAAUUCAUCACAUCAAGAUCAACGCCAGCAUCGCAAAUCUGCCACAAGAUGCCACUCGUUGAAGCUGUUUGACUUAAGUAGCAACCAUACCCACUUCACUCUGAAAGCCUUUUCUCACCGCCAGCCUUCUCAUGUGCUCCGCCAGCGGAAGCGGAUCGUCCAAUCACCAUGCUCUCUGCUGUGCAAUCACUGGCCUUCAUCUCCCCACAUGGACACACAGCUGGAAGGAAUGUGGGGGGAUGAUUUGCAUAAUGUUGAUGAAAAUAUUUUAGAGCUUAAAUUUGAUGUGAUUUGUGCCUAAUUUUUAUUUUUUUUUUAAUUUGAAGAAAACUCCGAUUUAUUCUAUGGAAGCUCAUUUCUGCCAGGACAAGAAAAAAAAACAGAUGAUUAAGUUAGAAAUGAUAAUAAAUGAAAAAAGUCACAGUGAAUCAAAACUGUCACUAUUAUGAGAUACUAUGUUGAAUUUUAGUCAAAAAUAUUUAGAUAGUAAAAAUAAAUCUGGACUUUCUUACAAUUUUGACUUACACAAUAUAAGUAAGUAAUAUAUUAAUUUUGAGGUAGUAUUAUCAUUUAUACAAAACAGCCAAAGUCAUAAUUUAAAUUUAGAAUCUCAAAGUUUUGACUUAGCAUCUUGUCAUUUUGACGUAAUACAAUUUUUACAUAUGUUAUUAUUUUUAAAUAUUUUUAUUUAGUAAAUCUCAUACUUACUACUUGACUAAAUUUGACUUACUAUUAUAAUUUUGACUCCAAAGUCAUAACCUUUACCUAGUAUCCUGUAAUUUGACUCCAAUUUUUUUUAAAUAUAUAUUUUCUUUUAAUUGGGUCAAUUCUUUUCACCCAAUUCAUUUUUCACCUCAUAAUUGUGACGCAAAACAAGUUACUAUUUCAUAAUCUUACUUUGGUAGUAAGCAUGGAUGUUUUUAUUUGUAUUUAUUUAAACUAUGUGAUAAGUCAAUAUUAUGACAUACUUUGUUAAAUUAUAACUUAUGGAGGACUUUUUAUUAGUCAAAAUAUUUAGUAAGUCAAAAAAAAUCUGGACUUUCUCACAAUUUAGACUUUGUUUAAUAAUACAACUAAGUCAUAUCUUAAUUUUGAGGUAGUAUUAUAAUCUUUAACCACCAAAGUCAUUACUUAGAUUUAGAAUUCCAUAGUUUUGACUUACUCAGUUAAUUUUGACCCACAAAAGUAACUAUUUCAUAAUCUGACCUUGGUAAAUCAACACUUUGACCUAGCACAGAUGUUUUUAUUUUUGUGAAUCCUGUCAUCAAUCAUGUCGUCAUUUAUUUUUUGUUGGCAUAAAUGAGCUUCCAUAAAAUUCAGAUGUAAUGGCAAAGACAAUGUUUUCAGUGAUGCCCCAGAAUAAGAAGAAGAGAAAAAAAGAUGCAGAAAUUGUUUUAUGUAUGUUGAACCACACUGGUGUUAAAUUGUUUUUAUUUUUCAGUCAUUUACUAAAUUAGCCAGAGCAUUACAAACUAUACUGUACCGCUGUACACUGCUAACGCAGCCCUCUCCCCUCCCGUCCACUCUCUACUUUGUAACCGGCCAUAGGUACUUCUCCACUACUGCGGAGCUCACAGUGCUGUACUUUUUUUGGGGGGAACCAGCUUUCUAUGGGGUUUGGUUUUUAAUUAUUUUUAUGUAAACCAUUUUUUUAUGCCAGCAAAUGAAUAAUGUAAUUUAGGAAUGUAAUUGUAAGCUAUUGUAGUGAAAUGUUUUUAAUAUAUACAGUAUGUAUGUGACUCAGUCUGUACCUGUGGGCCUGUUGUAACUGGGGUUGGCUGCUAUUUAGAUCGUACAAGGAAAUAUUUUGGUACUGUGUCUCAGAAUGCUGGGUAUUUAGCAUCAGCCUAGAAUAUAUUUUUGUAGUGAACUGAUUAAGAACCCUAAUUUUUUUUUAUCUGUAACUUCACACUACAGUUUUCUUUUGGAUAAUUAUUACAUGUUUUUUUCCCAAGAA